AUGCCCAAGUUUGCACCAAAGUUCAGCAAGGGGUCACCAGAGAAGGACGAGUGUCUUCUGGUUCUUGACUUUACCCCGCAAUCACCUGAUCCCUGUCUCUGUAUCCGGAACCAUCCCCAGACUGUUCGUUCGGAAGAUUCCCCCGAAAUCUCAUCCGAGGCUCUCCUUGUCCAGCUCUCCCGGUCCGCAGACUGCGUCCAGAUGGAUGACGCCGAUGACAACACACGCCCUCCCAAGCGUCGCAAGAUCCGGAUCGCAUGCCAACAAUGUCGCGAGAAAAAGACGCGAUGCGACGGGGCGCGGCCCGUAUGCCAGGCCUGCGUGCGCAAGAAGCUAGGCCCCGAGAACUGCGUCUACCUCGACCCCUCGUCUGAGCUCUCGGACACGCGGCGGCAAAUGAAACUGAAAAGGGAAAUGGAAAAUCUGCUUGAUGGAUUGACCCUGCCGACACGGAGGUUAGCUGAUGCACUCCUGGAAGUGUAUUGGGACAACAUACACCCUUUCUACCCCAUACUACACAAACCAUCAUUCAUGCGCAGGUACAAUGAGAUCUGGUCACAGGCUGACAGCAGUCACGAUGAGUUGCACCACUUCGACGGAAACGUGCAGAAGCUGAGAGCGUUCCACGCAACUCUCAACAUUGCACUUGCCCUUGGAUGCAUCCGCGCCCGUUCCGACGCCUCCUCUUUGAAAAGCGCCAAAACCUACUAUGACAGAUCCAGCCAGUUACUUCGGGACGCGGAUAUGGAACAAGGGUCAAUUCAGCUCGUACAAGCUUUGGUCCUUACCGCACAAUACCUGCAGAGCACCGAUAUGGCCAACAGAUGUUGGAUAACCAUUGGCAACGCUAUCCGAAUAGCUCAGGGAAUUGGAGUACAGCUGGAUCUCCCAUCCGAGAGUCAGGCUGAGCGUGAAGAGAGGAGGCGGACGUGGUGGUGCUGUAUUCUCAUGGAUAGGGUGUUGAGCAUGACCUUCGGUCGACCAGUAAUGGUUGUUUGGCGAACAGUGGUCCCGAAACCAGAGCCUGUAGACGACGAGUCCCUGUCUGAAAAGCCCGGGAGUUCUAGGGAGCCGAUGGAAGUGCAGGAACUCUCGACGAAUGCCUUCUUUUCUCAGACACUCAAGCUUACGGAUGUUCUGAUGCUGGUGCUUACGAAUUUCUACCGGCCUGUUGAGGAAAGAAGAAUUAGUACCCUGAGCAAUGACCCAAUCUCUAAAUUAACGCUUGUCGUUGAAGUAGAUAAUGAGUUAGCACGGUGGCGACAGCAAUUGCCUCAGCACCUGAUAUUCCAGCCAUCCGAGCUGUCUGGCGAGACUAAUCCUAUAUAUACAAGACAGGCGGCUCUGCUUCAUUUCCGGUAUCUGCACUUAAGAAUACUCCUAUUUAGGCCCAUCACCAUAGACCUCUCUAGCGGUAUUCUUUUGGCGGCCACGGAACCCCAAAGGUCGACCGACUUCCAACAGAUGGUGAUUACAGGAUGUGUCCGCUCAUGUGUUUCGGCUGCUCAGGAGCUAGUCGAUUUGCUUCACAUUCAGCUCCACAGCGAUUGUGCCCCUCCGCGUUGGUAUGCGGUGUUCUAUCUCUUCAGUGCCGGGACCGUUCUGCUUUCGGUCUUGGUCUCGCCGAAUCUCCAGCGGGCCUGUACGGAAAACUUAGAGGGACUUCUGAACACAUGGUCUCGUUGUAUGGAGACUUUGACGUACUAUGGGCAGAUGGGCGAUAUGUUCGCCAAGCGAUGUCACAAGAUUCUACAAGCGGCUCUAACUCCCCGUUCCCGGCUAGUCUACGAUCAAGACCCUAUUCCGGUCGAAAACAACGAACACAACCAAAGAGAGUCAAACGAGAGUAACGUGGACCAGCCAUCCACAAUGGAUGAAUUCCAGGCGUUGCUACAAGAUCCGGAUCUCGCUGAUGCCAUGGCAUGGCCGGCAGGGAGCCAAGACUGGCUCAACAGCCUACCAGAGGAGAGAAGUGGUGUUUUCGCCCUAAAUGACUACGUGACGUCCAUCUAA